AUGCGUGAGAUUGUUCAUAUUCAAGCUGGUCAGUGCGGUAACCAAGUUGGUGCCUCCUUUUGGUCCCAGAUUGCCGAUGAACAUGGAUUGGAUGCUGAAGGAAUCUACCGCGGUGACUCUGAGGAGCAACUUGAACGGUUAAACGUUUAUUUUAAUGAGGGUGCUGGUGGAAAAUAUGUUCCUCGCGCCGUCCUUGUCGAUUUAGAACCUGGUACUAUGGAUGCUGUCAAGGGAGGAAAGUUUGGCAAUUUGUUCCGCCCUGACAACAUUAUCUAUGGUCAAUCCGGUGCUGGAAAUAUCUGGGCCAAGGGUCACUACACUGAAGGUGCUGAAUUGGCUGAUGCUGUUUUAGACGUUGUCCGUCGUGAAGCUGAAGCCUGUGAUGCUCUUCAAGGUUUUCAAUUGACCCAUUCUUUGGGUGGUGGUACCGGUUCCGGUAUGGGUACCUUGUUGCUCUCAAAGAUUCGUGAAGAAUACCCCGACCGUAUGAUGGCAACCUUCUCUAUUGCUCCCGCCCCCAAGUCUUCGGAUACAGUCGUUGAGCCAUAUAAUGCUACUCUUUCUAUGCAUCAAUUGGUUGAAAACUCCGAUGAAACCUUCGUUAUUGAUAAUGAAGCUUUGUCUUCUAUUUUUGCUAAUACCCUCAAAAUCAAGAGCCCUUCUUAUGAUGAUCUCAACCACCUAGUUUCUGCUGUCAUGGCUGGUGUCACCACUUCUUUCCGAUUCCCUGGUGAACUCAACUCUGACUUGCGCAAGUUGGCCGUCAACAUGGUUCCAUUCCCUCGUUUGCAUUUCUUUAUGGUUGGAUUUGCUCCCCUUGCUGCUAUUGGAUCUAGCUCUUUCCAAGCUGUUUCCGUUCCUGAACUUACUCAACAAAUGUUCGCUGCCAAUAACAUGAUGGUUGCAGCUGAUCCUCGUCACGGUCGCUAUCUGACUGUUGCCGCUCUUUUCCGUGGUAAAGUUUCUAUGAAGGAAGUUGAUGAGCAAAUUCGUACUGUGCAAACCAAGAACUCUGCUUAUUUCGUUGAGUGGAUUCCCGAUAAUGUUCUUAAGGCUGUUUGUUCCGUGCCUCCCAAAGAUCUUAAAAUGUCUGCUACUUUCAUCGGUAAUAGCACAUCGAUUCAAGAAGUCUUUAGACGCUUGGGUGAUCAAUUCUCUGCUAUGUUCAGAAGAAAGGCUUUCUUGCACUGGUAUACUGGAGAAGGUAUGGAUGAAAUGGAAUUUACUGAAGCUGAGUCCAAUAUGAACGACCUUGUCAGUGAGUAUCAACAAUAUCAAGAAGCUGGUAUUGAUGAAAUUGAUGAAGACUAUGAGAUUGAAGAAGAGAAGGAACCUCUUGAAUAUUAA